AUGGAUCCACCACCUCUUCCACCCCAUCCACCAACUGUUCCCAACCCCAUCCCAGCAGUAGCCACCACUACUGCCACCGCCAUUACCACCCAUCUCAGCUGCCCCGAUUCAACCAACUCCUCCCCUCGCUCCCACCAAAAUGACACCUGGGAUGAGCCUCUACCACCCGUCCCAGGUGCCAAGUUGCGCCUAAUGUGCAGCUAUGGGGGACACAUCAUCCCUCGUCCUCACGACAAGUCCCUCAGCUACGUAGGCGGUGACACUCGCAUCGUGGCCCUGGACCGCCACUCAUCUCUCUUAUCUCUCUCCUCUCGCCUCUCUUGCACCCUCCUCAAUGGCCGCCAGUUUACUCUCAAGUACCAACUCCCCAACGAAGACCUCGACUCCCUCAUAUCAGUCUCCACUGAUGAGGACUUAGAGAACAUGAUUGAAGAGUAUGACCGCACAACCUCAACUUCGCCAUUGAAACCUUCUCGCCUUCGCUUGUUUCUCUUUCUUGCCAAGCCUGAGACUGCAGCCUCAAUGGGUUCUCUCCUUGACGACGUCAAGUCGGAGACAUGGUUUGUCGAUGCUCUUAAUGAUGCUGGUUUGCUCCCUAGAGGAGUGUCUGAUUCUGCCGCCAUUGAUACCUUGUUAGAAUUUGAUGGGAAUGCGAAUAAUGAAUCUUGUAGAGAAAUGGAGGGAGAGGCCAAGAUUGAGUCUUUAGAUGGCAAGGAAGUAAAGAAUGUGUCUGAUCAUAUGCAUAUAAACAUGCCUGAUUCGACAAUGGUGGAAACAAGUUCAUCGUUCGGGUCAAGUUCUUCGUCCCCUUCAAUGUCGAAUCUGCCUCCUAUUAAGGUUCGGGUUGAGGAAGGUGGUGCUAUGGUGCAACAUCAGAUGGUUGGCUUAGAUGAACAGUUCUCACAGACGAGUGUUGCUGCAACAAUUCAAAAGCAAGAUGAUGUGUUUGUUAUGAUGUCUGCUCCUCCUCCUCCACUUCCCACUGUUGUUGGUGGUGCAACGGUGGAUCCAACAGUUGUUUCUGAUGAUCGUCCGAGUCGGGUAUUUUCGGAUGAUGAGAGGUCGGAUCACGGGGCACCAGGUGCUUUCCGGAAGCCGCCAUUGCCACUGCAGCCGCAACAGAGAAAGCUUGGUGCUGAUCCUUAUAGUUUUCCAUCACCUGAUUCAAAACAUGGUGGAGGUUGCAGUUUGCCUUCACCUGAUUCGGUGGCCAGUGAUAGCAGUAUUGCAUCAGCAACAACAACUCUCUCAAAACACACAAUUUAUCAAGACCCAACUCUUAUUGCAACCUGGGAAAACAAUGCUCCUGCUGGCCGAAUUACUUCCAGUGAGAAUAUUUCAGAUCUGAACUCUCAAAUCCAGAUUCAGCAAGUUCAGGAUCCUGUGUACUUCCUACCUCCACAGCACAAUCAGCAACAAAAACAACAACAAUUUGUUCACUCGAGCGCACAUUAUGUUCAUCACCCUGCCACAGGUCCCAUGCCAAUGUCGUCUUACUACCAAGUGUAUGCUCCCCCUUCACAGCAGCCUCUUUAUCAACCGAUGAGUCAACAGUAUCCAGUGUACUUAUUUCCUGUCUCCCAGACUCAACCUUACAACAUGACUGUGCAAUCCAAUAUAUCAGAUGCUACUGCAGUGGCUUCAACUCGGCCAUUAAACCCACCAAAUCCGGCUUCUUUUGCAGCUUACAAUGAAACCAAUCCACCCAUUUACCCUCCAAAGACAACUACGCCAACAAUGCUUGAAAUGGAUGCAAAUUUAUACAGAACAGCUGGUACUGCAACUCCAACAAUGGUUCAAGUUUCGUCUCAGCAAUAUCAGAAACAAUAUGUUGGUCUUUCUCAAAUGCCUCAUCCAUCACAGUCCAUUGCUGUUGCUUCUGCUACCACUUCUGAUUAUGGUUCUGAAUAUGCUCAUCCUUCACAUGAUCAAAUGUAUUAUGCUCAGCAUGCCGCUGCUCCAUUGCCGCCUCAGUACCAAACCAUGACCCCAGCAUCAGCAGUGUUGCUAUCCCAGGCUUCAGCACAAGUAGCUGCAGAUAACACUGAACAUCAGAUCAGAAGCUCACACCAAUUAUAA